CUCAGGCCUUUAGACAUUUGCUGCAGCUAUAAGAGGACACAAGCACAAUUCCUUAGUCAGCAGUAUAAACUGAACCUACUUCCCAUUUUCAGAAGUGCUUUUGAGUUAUUCAGGGGGUUUUUUUAUGCGUUGUGCCGACCUCGUCUAUGUUUGUUAUGAUAUGGUUUUGCAUCUUAUGGUAUUCAAUGCAUCUUGAUGGGUCAUUUUGAUGCACUAAAAAAGUGCAUUACGGACAUAAAGAAACGAGUGAGGAAAACGCUAUUUUUGAAAACCACUGACGGAAUAACCAAUGAUGGAAAAGUUUCAUGGUGACAUUCAAACCUCCAUGUAAUUACAUCCCCCUCAAACCAUUAGUUUAACAGUACAGAAGUGGCACUUUAAUCUUUCUAAAGAUGACAGACAACCUGUACGAGACGAAUCAGUUCAACAACCACACCAACAGGACCUAUUUGUUCCAGCACAGCCCAAGUGCGUUGGGAGUAACUCACUACGGUGUACCUAACGUAAGCUUGAUCCAAUCAUCUCCAAUGUCUCCGCUACUCAACCACGAGCAACUAACAUCUCCUGGCACUCCAGCACAUGAACUUUCUCCAAUGCUUGACAUGCCAAACAGUGCCGGGGACUGGGAAUAUAAUCAGUUUGGAAGGUCAUCAUGGGGAUCUUCAAAUGAAGAACUAGAAGAGACUAAUCGAAUCUACCCGUUUAACAUCACGUCUCAGAACAACUCAUCACUGACUUGCAAAGACAACGGCAGUGCUUCUCAUCCUCAAAGGUUGGACUCAUUCUCGCAGGCCUUCCCUACAAAAAAUAUUCACCCUCUCUUUGGUGAUAGUAACAGAACAGAUGAUAAGCACUCAGAAAACCAAAUUUCAGGAUGUUUGCACUUACCUCAAAGUCUUCCAGAAGGAUCGGACAGGCAAUCUUUGGAGUCUCCAAUUUUUAACACGAUGGUCAUUCAAGGCCAAACGCAAAUGAUAUGUGAACAGCCCGACUUCCAUCUGUCAGAGAGCCAACAUUCACUGCACGGCCUUUACCAAAACCACCAGCAGUUUCACUAUGGAUACCAGCAACACAAACAGAAAGUGAACAACAUGGAGCAGGUAAACAGGAGUCUCCAUAAGCCACAAAGCCCUUGGCAUCAUCAGCACGGUUAUCAAAGCCACCCAAUGUCAUAUCCAAUGGCCUUGAAUCAACAACAAAAAGGGAUAUUUGCACAUAAAACUCGCAAUGACUCCCUAGAGAGCCAUGAACCUGUUCAAUCACCAACCUACGGCCACCGUCAAGACUUUAAAGUCCCAGAGCAGCAGAUCUUCCAUUACCAGGACCAACAGUAUCUUCGUUCACUUUCACAACCUGGCAAUCCUUACCUCACCCUUCAGUCCCAAGAUCAAUCAAUCCCCGCAAAGCAAAACAACAUGUUUAGUGAUCACUCCGCACCCAGCACACCUGUGUUUUCAAGUCCCAAAGAAGAUCAAUCUGGUUUCAACUUCCCUCAAAGAAGUGAAGAUCUUUGCAGUCCUCUUUAUCAGAGCAAGAGUUCAGGGGUCUGUAAAGCUCUUCCACAGGCGACUAUGAGAGGAGAUAUUUUUCAGAAUCUCACUGCACAUGCGCCUCAGUGGUCACAGGCAUCUUCACCAGAUAUUCAAGAUGAGGCUAUUUCACCUCAUUUCAGAGCAGAACCUGGGUUGUCCAGAGAGGAGGGAUCUCAUACAAAGAUGAGAUGCACCGUAUGUCAGAGGGAAUUCAAAAGUCUUCCGGCACUGAACGGCCACAUGCGCUCACAUGGAGGACUGCGAACACAACCCACAUCCCUCAAAAUGAGAGACGGGCACAUUCAUCUGUCUACUGAGGUUGCUCAAACCAACCCCAUCAUCUUACCUGUGUCAGUACCCGUCAAGGAUUACCAGACCCCAAACAAACUUAUGCUCAACCUUCUGUGCCACCAGAAAGAUGAUCAAAGCGGUUUAAUUAAGUGUGGUGCACAGUCACCCCUCGCGUCUGUACAAAACCACCCUUCCUGUAUAAAGAGAUCCGCCUCGGAUGAAGAAUGUGCACCAAAGCAAGUAAAAAAGAGAUACCGCCACUGUCUGGUCCCAUUGAUGAUUCCACCGCCCGGUGCCGGUCAGGAGUCCCGAGGCGCUGUGCUCUUCCGCAGUCAGCUGAGGACAGCGAGCAGCAUGGGGGACGACGUGCCGUACACUCCUCCACCAAUGCUUAGCCCCGCACGCCCGGGCUCGGGCCUCUUCAGUGCUGUCAGCGGAAGAGGAAAGAGCAGUGAGUCUUCUGCAGACGGUGUUAAGGAUGACUGUGGUGAGACUUCAAGGGAAAAAGCAAUUAAUGUAACUCCUCACAUUAAUGUUGGUAAAGAAUUUCAAGCAAAGAUCCCAAACAUUCAGAGUAAACCCCUCACAGAGGAAGAUACCCAUAAUGCUGUUCUUCUGUGGUUGCCCACCAAAGACCUGGAUACCCCUGAUAACCAGCAGAAAGUGGAAAAUCUUCUGAAAAUGGCUUGCUCUAGUGUACUACCUGGUGGCGGAGCAAACACAGAAUAUGUCCUUCACUGUCUUUUUGAGUGCAGAGGAGAUAUUAUGAACACCCUGGAAAAGCUUCUCCUGUCAACGUUAAACACAUCCAGCCACAAAACAGACUAUCAUUAUGCAGGAUCAGACAGGUGGACACUUCAGGAGAAACGGCAGCUAAACAAAGCACUUUUAAAUCAUCACAAAGACUUCCAUCUCGUCCAGAAAAUGGUCAAGACAAAGUCAGUGUCUCAGUGUGUCGAGUACUAUUACACAUGGAAAAAACAUUUGCGUCUGGGUACGAGAAUCAGUACAGCUCUGGCUACUCCUGUUCAAGACCAGCGGGGAGACUGGGCGAUAAACAACACUGCACAACCGAACAAAGAAUCCAACAGCAAAAUAUCAGAAAACUCCAGUGCUGUGUUUGUCUGUGAAGUGUCAAACUCUCAGACAAAUGGAGAAACGUGGAACCAGAACAAUCUCCGGCUGCUCUGUAGCUCUCCAGCCGAACACAGAGCUUCCACGCUGACCCAGUCUUUGGGUUCGGCUUCUGUGAGAAGUUCUCCCUCCAACAGCACCACCAGCGGAGAUACUGAUUCAGCCCUCGUCUUUCCCUGCAGUGAGUGUGGAAAGGUGUUUUUGAAGGUGAAAAGUCGAAAUGCCCACAUGAAGACACACCGGCAGCAGGAGGACACACCGUUGUGGCAGUUUCCCAGGGUUUCCGAGCCAGAUCAUGUGAUUGCGACACGUGGUUGCCACGCUACACCACUAAAACAAGCCAUAAGCCUUCAUUCUUUACCAUAUGACAGAACCACAGAGGUGAAAACAUCCUUAAAUGACAUGCGCAGUGAGUCAGUGCAGGAAAUAGAUCACCCUCUGAAGACGCUUCCUGUCCAUAGUCCACUGGACUAUAUUCCAAGUUAGUAGCUUAAGUAUAGCUAACUGAAUAAGGACAUUCUUUGUAGACUAUAAAACAGACUACUUUAUGUAAAUGGUACAACUAUAUGUAUAUUAAAACGAAUCAAGGC